AUGAACGGCGAUAAUUAUUCGAGAGACUUGGGCCGGCCAAGAGAACACUACGGUUCGAGACAUGAUAGAGACGACCGAAGAGAUCGAGGUGGUGACCGCGACCGCGACCGCAGAGGAGAUCGAGAGCGCCGUCGGUCAAGGUCUCCCCAUCACCGGCAACGUCGCGACUACGACCAACAGGAUUCCUACUCAUCCAGCCGAGAAUACCGGGCGCGUGAGCGCGAAGAUCGAUAUGGUGGCAGUGGAGGUGGUGGAGAUCGAAGACAGGAUCGAGACUGGAAUCGAGACCGUGGUCAGAGAAGACGAGACGACGAUCGGCGACCGCCCCGACGAGGUGAAAGGGAAGAUCUUUUCGACAACCGACGAGGCGGUCCCGGUGGUGGCAGACGCGAUGACAAUAGAAGAGGCGGCGGUGACGAAUUUGCUGAGCAAGCGCGUGGAGGCCGCAGUCCGCCGCCUAAGAAGCGCGAGCCUACGCCAGACCUUACCGAUGUAGUGUCGAUCCUGGAUCGAAAACGACGCCUGACACAGUGGGACAUCAAGCCGCCAGGCUACGAGAACGUCACUUCGGAGCAAGCCAAAAUGUCGGGCAUGUUCCCACUGCCGGGUGCACCACGUCAGCAACAGAUGGAUCCGAGUAAGCUGCAGGCCUUCAUCACACAACCACAAGGUGCAGCCGUCACACAAGCGCUCAAGCCGUCGACAUCUCGACAAUCAAAACGUCUCUUCGUGUACAACAUCGCCCCCAACACAUCCGAUUCUGACAUUGUCGAGUUUUUCAACCUUCAGCUCAACGGUCUCAACGUGAUUCCAGUCAACGACCCGUGUAUAUCAGCUAAUAUGCCGGAAGAUCACAGCUUUGCGCUUGUUGAAUUCAAGGCUGCUUCUGACGCUACUGUGGCUCUUGCCAUGAACGGGAUCACCAUGCCGCAACAUGUCGCAGCAGUCAACGGCAGUGGGGAGACUCCACCGGGACUCGAGAUCAAGCGACCGAAAGACUACAUUGUACCGGCUGCCGAAGACGAUCAAUACACUCCCGGCGACAUGUCAACAGAAGUGCCCGAUUCGGCCAACAAGAUUUGCAUCUCCAAUAUUCCCGGCUAUCUGCUCGAUGAUCAGGUCAUCGAGCUCCUCACCAGCUUCGGUGAGCUUCGAGCAUUCACCAUGGUUAAGGACAACGGAACAGGCGAGAGCCGUGGCAUUGCUUUCACGGAAUACAAAGAUCCUUCAAUGACAACGUUGGCUAUUGAGGGCUUGAACGACAUGGAGCUCGGCGAGACCAAGCUCAAGGUCCAGCGAGCAUCAAUCGGCUUCACGCAAGCAUCAGGUCUCGAGAUGGGUGUGAACGCUAUGUCCAUGUUCGCGGGAACGCAAUCGAACGAGCUUGACGGAGGACGUGUCUUGCAGCUUCUGAACAUGGUCACACCGGAGGAGCUGAUCGAUAAUGAUGACUAUGAAGAAAUUUGCGAAGACGUGCAAGAGGAGUGCUCGAAGUACGGCACGAUUGUUGAGCUGAAGAUUCCCCGGCCCUCCGGUGGUAGUAAGCAGAACGCGGGCGUCGGCAAAAUUUACAUCAAAUUCGAGAAGCCAGAGCAUGCGAAAACGGCGCUGGAGAAACUGGCUGGCCGGAAGUUUGCUGAUCGGACUGUUGUCACAACUUAUUUCGAUGAGGCUAGUUUCGACGUCAACGCGUGGUAA